AUGCACCUGAGUAAGAAGAGAAGAGAAAUGGUGCAGAAACUGGAGAAUGAGGUAACUGACGUUGUUGCUCAGAAGAAUCCUCCAUCACCAAAGAGCAGAUUAGGAGUAUUGCGUAGAAACAAAAAAGCUUCAAACGCAUCUGAUCCAUUCCGGUUUGAAGGCCAAGGAGUGACGUACAAGGGAAAACUAAUUGGAGAACGUGAUGUAGAAGGAGCCAGAGGAGAUGGCAUGUGUGCCGAAGCUAUGCGAAUUGCCAAAGCCGCUGUUAAGGCUGCUGGAGCUCAUAAGACUAGAAUACAUCUUCAAAUUAACAUUGAUGGAAUCAAAAUUGUCGAUGAGAAGAGUAAUGCUGUCAUCUACAACUUCCCAGUCUCUCGUAUAUCCUUCAUUGCUCGUGAUACUAGUGAUGCUCGUGCUUUCGGUUUAGUCUUUGGUGAUACAGGAAAUAAAUACAAAUUUUAUGGAAUUAAGACUGCUCAGACUGCCGAUCAGGCCGUCUUAGCUAUUCGUGAUAUGUUCCAAGUCGUCUUUGAGAUGAAAAAGAAACAUAUUGAGCAAGUGAAGCAACAGCAAGAGAACCCAACGGAAUGUGCGGAAGCUGGGGGCGCUGCAGUUGCGGAUCUAUUGGAUUUGGAAACCGAAUUGCAUAAUAUUGAACAAGGAGUUCAACAACUUCAACAAAUUCCCACUGAUCCUUUCGGAUCGAAGCCUUUCAAUGAUCCUUUCACUGAUAGUUUUGCUAGCAAUACUUCAUCCGUUAUGAGUAAUUCUAUGAGUAUGAACAGUUUCGCCAAUACUUCCAUUCCUCAACAAGUUCCUCAGCAACAACAGAGUCUGUUUGGAUUCCAAUCUCCUGCUCAGGUGCCAAAUCAACAAGCUUGGGCCCAAACGACACCAACUGGCUUGUUGACGACACAACCUCAACAACAAACUUAUCAAACUGCAUGCUUUAACAACACUUCGCCAUUUUCGCAAACUAAUCCAUUCGCUUCUGCCGCUUACGGCAGCGAUCCAUUUUCUUCGCACAAUGCACCUCAAAUUCCCUCUCAAGCUCCAGUAGUUCCAGUAGUCGCCCCAACAUAUCAAACUUCUAUUGACUGGGGAGUCAAUGAGAAUGCUGUUCCACAAAACCAAGCCAUCAACUUUGCCUCAUUCGAUAGUUUCAGUCAACCAGCCAAGCAGGAUUAUAAAUGGGAUGAGCCAAAGGGUGUAACCUCAUUGGAGGAGGCUUUCAGCAAGCUUGUAGAUAUGGACAGCAUUGUAGGACCAACAGAAACCAAAAAGAAUCCUUUCGAUCACAUUCUUAAUCCCCCAAAGGCAACAUUGAAUUCAUUGGGCGCUCAGCGAGCCGCUCCUCAGCCAGUCAUGGUUGCUCCAUCUAACAGCGAUCCUUUUGGGGAUGAUUUCUUCCGCUAA